GUUUGGCGUGUUAGUGACGCCACUAGCAAUAGGAAAGCUGCUUUCUCUUGCUGUGGGUUUAUUGAGAAGAUUAUUAAAACUUUUUCAUUGAAAACCACUUGGCAGAGACUUCUGAAUAAGUUCCAAGGACGUUUUUGCCUGCAUCCACCUCCAACGGAGCAAGUAGCACUUUUGGGGGAGAAAAAAAGCAAGCAAAACCCCAGCAACCUCAUGGCUGCCAAAAAGGGUCCUGAGCGACUGUGCCUUGUGAGUGAGAGGGACACCAAGAGGUACUCCUUACCCAUAGACAGGUUGAGCUGGCAUCAGAAGAAUUUCAAUGAAGAGAGGCAGCAGCGGGAAGAAGAAAAUGCUGAAGCUAGUCAAGCAUAUCACUGUCAUGGAUACUCACAGGCCUAUGAGAACAGGAAAAGGGAGCAGCACCAAGCACGGAGGAAGCUCUAUACAGCAUCAGUAAUUUGCAUCAUCUUCAUGGUUGCUGAGAUUACAGGGGAGUAUCUUUGUGGGCAGAUCGCUGGCAGCCUGGCGGUGAUGAGCGAUGCAGCGCACAUCCUGGUGGACCUCACAAGCUUCCUCAUCAGUCUCUUCUCACUGUGGCUGGCCUCCAAGCCUCCCACCAAGCAGCUGACUUUUGGGUGGCACCGAGCAGAAAUUCUGGGAGCUUUGAUGGCUAUGAUAAUCAUUUGGAUGGUGACUGGUGUGCUGACAUAUUUGGCUAUCAUGAGGCUGCUACACCCCGAUUAUGAUAUUGAUGCCGCAGUGAUGCUCACCACCUCUGCUUGUGCUGUGUGCGCCAAUAUCCUACUAAGCCUGAUUCUACACCAGACUGGACACGGGCAUUGCCAUGGGGCACAAGCCAGGGAAACCACACCGGCCCCUCUGGAAAAGCCAGCUCUGAGCAAUGCCAGCCUGCGUGCAGCCUUUGUGCAUGCCAUUGGGGAUUUAUUCCAGAGUGUUAGUGUGCUAAUUAGUGCACUUAUCAUCUUCUUUAAGCCAGAAUACAAAAUAGCUGAUCCAAUCUGCACGUUUGUGUUUUCCAUCUUUGUUUUGGCAACCACCAUCGCCAUGUUAAGGGAUAUUUUGAUUGUGUUAAUGGAAGGAACAGAGAAAGGACUUUCUUACGAUGCAGUGAAAACAAGAAUUUUAGCAGUUGAGAAAGUGGAGUCUGUUCACAACCUUCAUCUUUGGUCUCUGACAAUGAAUCAAACGAUUCUAUCUGCUCAUGUGGCCACAGCAGAUACUACGGACAGUCAGAAGAUUUUGAAAGACAUCACCCAAGCCCUGUUUGAGCACUACAGCUUCCACUCUAUCACCAUUCAGAUUGAAUCAGGAGAGGAUCAGAAACAAAACUGUGUCUUCUGUCAGGAGCCAAGGGAUUAAAGGAAGCAUUAUGUUAUGCAAAAUAAUGACCACUCUUACAGGUCAAUGAAGACUAUGUGUGCUGGUUAUUUUCAAUUGAUUAAUAAUAAAUGGUAAUUAACUGAACUAAAAUGCCCUGCCACUGAGAGCAGUUCAUGGACCAUUAUUUGUUGGUAUUAGGUCCAUCCAUCAGAUAGAUUACCAAUCCAUCAGUGGCUAUCUUCAAUUACAAGUGAUUCUAAAUUAUUCCUCACUGGCAUGACAGACUGGCACUAAAGCAACACUGAAGAGUCCCUGUUUGUAAUCACAGGUAACGAAAAACUAAUCAACCUUCAAAUUACCCACAGACUAAUUAUCAAAAAAGGUAAUGAAAUGUAAAUUUGGUAUUAGCAAAGCUCAACACUGUUAGUCAGGAUGAAGGAGAAAAUUUAAGCUUGCAUGAGGGAUGAAGAGAUCUGGAAAACAAAGGCAUGCUGAUAUGUGCUUUCUUUGCCUUCCUCCUCAGAUGUGCACCAUAUUCUGCAGUAUUUAUCACAAGAGGAUUAAUUCCAUUCAAAGUCGGCAAAUAGUUCUUCAUUGCAUGGCUACCUCUAUUUAAUUUUUCAGCUAGCCCUCAGACAAACUCUUCUACCAGACACAGGCAAUAUUCUACACUACUGAGACAACCUAUAACUCACAUUGCCCAACACAAUGACAAACUGUGAUGGAACAUUUGGAGCAGAUUGUUGGAAGUCCUUGUCACAAAGUGCUGCUGGAUUGUGGCAAUAAAAAAAGACCAAGUGCUCCUAGAAAAUGAAAAUGUAAUUAGGACAAAAAAAGACUUAGGGGACUUUGUGAACAUUAAGUCUAACACCCUUUGUAGUAAUGUCUGUGGACUGUAACCCAUUAACACUACAUCUCUGAAAUCAUAUCAGAUAAUUAAAAAUCCUUUGGCACGUCACACAGUCAUUCGCUGAUCAGGGAAGGGAUAUACCUGCCCUUUGGGAAGCAAAUUCUUUUUUUGCUUCCCAAUUUCCUGACCAAGGUAUAUGUUAAAUCUUCCUCUUCAACAUGCUCUAUGGUCACUAUAGAAAUGGAAACCAGAGUUUGUCUUGCUGCAGUCCUUCUACUUUUGUCCAACUAACUGAAUAACUCUCACUUGUCAGCAAAAAUAAUGCUAGCACUUGAAAAUGUAUACUCAAGUUUUCCUUUGCAAAACAAUUUCAGUUCAGCUCUUGACCAUAACAGUGGAUCUUCAGCGUCCAUGCAGAAAUAAUGUUUUCCAGCUCCACACUUCUUGCUUCCUCAGCUGUAGGGCACACUUUAUUAACAAGUUCCUUAAACAUAAGGUAUGUGAAACCAGGUGGUACUGAGUUCCUAAGCUGGCAGCUGGAAAGAGCACCGAGGUAUUAAGCAUUAAGGUAUAAAAACUUAUUCCUUUUUAUGGAAUUCAAGUUCUAUUUGCAAUAGGUUCACAUUAAUUUUCUACCUUAUCAUCCUAAAAAGAUUAGAACUUAUUAUUAGGGGCUUUUGGCUAUGGAUAAUUCAUAACUAUGUGAUGAGAGACCAAUGCAAUAAGCUGGCAAUCAUUACCUGUUAAGGGGAAAAACAAAUUACUCUGCUUUGUGGAAGCUUCCCGGAAGAUCUUGUUAGAUAAACCUCUCAGUGAAAGCAGAUAAGGUAUUAAAAUACAACACUCAUUAAGAAUUUCAUGAGUAUCUCAUUAUUUAGUGGCUUAUAAGAACAAAGAAAACAGCUGUGGUAUUCAGUACAACGGUAAAGUCAAUUCUUGCCCUUAACAUCUGAAACUCCCAAAGAUAAGACAUAGAUAAAUCAGAUCACAGUAAAAAAAUUUGGAAUGAAGAAAUGAAUUUUAAUUUGGCAAGUUUUUCUGCUGCUGUAAGUUAGCAUUUUUGCCUCGUAGCAAAACCAUGUUGAUAGGUAACAUGUACAUCAUCUUUAUUAGAAGGGGAGGAUUCUUCUGGCAUUCGCAGAAGAAUGUUUUGAGUGAGAUGAGGAUACAGACCUGGACAUAAUGGGGAAUUUGAGGGCGCAGUUGCAUUGUCAAGGACAAUAUAAAUGUUAAUGAGUUGGUGAAAGAAGCAUCCCCAAGAGAUACAGAUUCAGUUCUAAGAUUUAAGUUGAGAUAGAGGUGAAAACAGGAAGUUUAAAAGCAAGUGUUUAUCUUAGGAAACAUUUUAACCACAAAAGUGACAAAUUCGACCAAGAAGGUAAAGUUGGGCAGCAGAUCUGUGGAAAAGCUGGGCGGAAGCAAAAAAAUGAUUCAGCAGCCAGAACAAGCACUGAUGAGGAUAUUGCCCAAAUGAAUUGAACAGACAGGGAAGGCUUACAUUACAAUUUGGGAAAAAGUGAUGAAACGUGAAGACAUGAGGAAAGAAAAUGUUAGCCCCAAACACUGAUCCUUAAUGAAAAGAAGGAAAAAGAUGUAAAAGAAGGUGUGAGAAAGAAAUAAGAAGGCAGCUGCCAUCCAGUAUAAGGUUGUUUUCAGAAAAAAAACAUCGGGCUGUCUGAAAUUUCUGCAAAAGGCCACAAAAUUUAGAGACAAUUUCUAGGCUUUUCUGCUUCUAUUAAGUUUACAUUCUUUUGAUCAUCUGCAGAAUCACUGUAAGAAAAAUGAUAAAAAGUUGUUUUCUCUACAUCUGUUCUUGGAACUAUUGUGUAAAAGAGAAGUAUUUAUCAAGAAAGCAGUCUGUUUCCACAUCUAUGUGUAUUUUGGUGGAAUUCACUUCACAUGGACAAGUUACUGGCUUACUGGUAACACUGAAAUGUUAAGUACAUGAGUAUGUUCAUGUCUCUGUAAAUGUUAAUGUAGCCCUUUUACAGCUUGUAAAUUAUAUAAUUCUGUAACCACUGAGCAACCCUCCCUAUCUUUCCUUCUCUACAACCAAAAUCUCACCUAGAGCUUGGAGGAUGAGGAGUUUGUAGGAGAUCAAGGUGUUUUGAGUAGACACCACUUAUCUGACCAACACAAAGCUGAACUAUCCUCAUUCAGCACUGACAAAGGACCAAGGUGCCAAUAUUGCACUGAGAUGCUCCCCAAAAAAACAACAGAAAUACUUAUAGUGACUCGAAAUGGAAACAUGUAAGGUGCAAACCUGUCCUUAGCACCACAGGAAUAGUCCCUUUCUGUAACUAUCAUCAUAACCAUGAGUGUUUUCUUUCCUGCUGUAAAGCUGGCAUGCUAUACCAGUCUUUUCUCAGUGCCGUACUCUCAGCAAUAAUGCACAUAUACAUUCUUUCUUCCUUCCCUCCGUUUUCAUCCCCUUGGACCGUUGUCCCUCACUCCUCUAUUUUUUUCCCAUUUUUCUUUUUUUUCUUUUUCUGCAAAGCCUUCACUGUUUCCCUAUUCAAAUUCCAAUGCAAACAUAACAUUUUUUCACCUAUUUUUUUCUGCUUAUAGCCUCUCCUAUUUUUCUUCACCCUGUGUGGAGAAGAAAGAGGCUGCCAGGAGGCUCCAUGUCUGCUGAAAAUAUGGUAUGAAUAAUCUUUUUUCAUUUGACUUUAUUUUAAGCACAGUUAAUAUGGGGUCCUAAUAAAAAUCUUACAGGCAUUGCACGUUAGACCAUGUCAAGCACAACGACAUAUUUAGUUUGUAUUGAAGUUAUUUAUAAGUUUAAUAUCCAAAAAGUCAUCUGCACUAGCUCCAGCUUAAGGUACUCCUUCAUAAUCUCAAGCCAGCUGAUAACGUUCAGCUGAGAAAAUAAAAUCCUUUCCCACCUGAGUAAACACAAUUUAAUCAAGAAAAGAAUUAGAGACAUUCAGUUGCCUAACUGCCUCCUGAAUCAUCGCCUUCCCCAGGUCAUUCAGCAGAACUUCUCACUGCCAGGACUUUGUGUCAGUUUCUAGCAAGAACAGACUGUGUUGAAGAAUGCUUUGGAGAGCAGCCCAGAGAGAGAAAUGGCUGCAAUGGAAGUACAGGUUAGAUAUUAGGAAACAUUUCCUCUCAAAAGGAGUGAUGAGGUAUUGGAAUAGGCUGUCCAGGGAAGUGGUGGAGUCACCCUUCCCUGAGGAUCUUCAAGAAAAGGGUAGGUGUGUCACUGAGUGGCAUGUUCUAGUGUGAUCACAGGCACAGGUUGAUGGCUGGUCUAGGUGAUCUUAAUGGUCUUUCCAAACUUAAUGUUUCUCUGUGAUCCAAUACAACAGGGGAGUUUUAAGUUGGUUAAGUUCAGAUGCACGUUCAAAGCUUUCCAUCACAGCUGUUACAUUGCUGAGAAAGGUGACUGCUUUUCAAUGAAAUCUUGGAUUGUCACUUUUGAUUUAAAAAACAAAAAUAAAUGAAAAGAAGGAAGGAACAGAAGUUAAAAGGGCUGUUUUGUAAUACACUUCUGCUGAUAUCGGAGGUGCUUUACCUCAUGGUUUGCAUCCUUCUGUAGCAGCAGGGCUUGCUAGCUUUGCAUCCCAAACUGCACUGUGGUCUGCUUUGACACAGUGUGCUGUGUCAAACACCUUGCCAAACACUACAGAAUAAAAGAGAAUCCAUUUAUUCUGGGGAUUGGGGACACAAAACAUCCAAGGUAUGAAUGCCAUGACAAACUGUGAAAGAUGUCCUGCUGUGACAGAUGCUAUAGGACUCCUUGCACGCUAUACCUAUGAGCUUCUUAGCUAUUGGGAACAACCAUCAACCAUUUAGGCUUUGUGAAGCACUGAUUUUUUUCUUUUUUUUUCUUCUUAUUUUGUUAUUUCCUGCUAUGUAGUUAUAUUCUGUACUACUUUUCUUCUUGGAGACUGAAGCUGACUGGAACUAUUCACAUAGCUUCUGUCUAAAGGAGAAAGAACAGGAGUUCAUUAAUCAUAUCACAACUUGCUCAGCCACAAAGAGACAUGAGCACUCUGGACUAGCUGCUGGACUAGGCAGUAAUUCUGAUGUCAGAACGCAUGGAACUGGUGUGCUUCCCAGCAGCAGCAUGCAACCCGGAUCUUUAACUUUUGGCUCCUGCCCUACUUUUUAAUUUGCUGUUAGGGAACUGUAAGAAAUACUUUGAAGGAUGCACUGUGCUUUGAAGGAUGUGGUGCGCUUUGAAGAAGCAGCAGAAACUACUGAUGAGCUUAUGGGGACGUCGCAUCCAGCCCUCCUCUGCCACAGAGGUUUUUUGCAAAAGUGGUUCCUUUGUAGGAAGCAAGAAAAAAUGAUAAGGGCAUAAAUGGGAAUUCCUGUGGACUUCAGUGCUAUCACAGUGCCAGUCAUCUGGGAAAUGCUUGGGAACAAGCUGCAGAGCUGCAGUCAACCUACAAAGGGGUGCAGCUCCCCUCAAAAUGCAUGAGCAGCAGGAACAACUCCACGGGGUGCCAGCGGGAGGAGAGUGUGAAUGUGAAGGGAAAUUUAACAACUCCCUCUGCCCUUUCAA